CAGAAAUCGAGAGUGGAUGAGAAUGGUUUAGUGCGCAGAAAGCAGUUGAGAAAUUGUCAGUAAACGGUGGUGACUCUCAUGGGUCGCACAGGUCAUUCCAUUUGCUGUGAAUUCGACAUACACACAAAACAAAAACUUAUUUUCAGUUCAUAAUAUUCUUCGUUUUUUUCUCUCUCACUUUGUUUGCGCCUUUAAUUUUUUUUCCGGUUUCGUUUCGUUCCGUUUUCAUCAGUACCACACAGUUUUUCAAAAUCGGUUUGCUAAAUCGAAAUACAAUACCAUAUAUAAAAUUAGAUCCACUGACAAUAAGGACAUUGAUUUUUCCCAGUAAAACGCAUACAAUUUAGAAAAAAAAAGUAUUUGUUUUCUGCCAAACUCUCUUUCUCUCUUUACCAACAAAAACAAAAACAACAACUCGAGAAAAAAAAGAAACAAAAACUUGAACUGUCUUUCUUCUCAACUAAAUAAACUGUGUGUGUGUGUGGUUCAGUAUUUUCCGUUUCAAUCACAUAUCGAUUCGUUGAGUAUUGUUAUCUCAAGCAGAAAAAGAAAUAUGAAUCGUGGAUAUAAGUGGUAGAACUUUUACUUUAAAAAAAAAAACGAAAAAGGGAAGAGGAAAAUUGUUGGUUUUGUGUCAAAAGAAACGAGCAAAAUAAUUAGCUCAAGGAGCAGGGCAGAGUGUUUCUCACAAAACAAGUGCAUAAAGACAAGGCAGAGCAUACAACACACCAUACACAUCAUACACCAAGGAAUAUAAAUGAUACAUACUCGAUAAGUUUGGUAUUCCAGGACAAAAUGGUAACAAUGACGUCAGAAUCUGACAAAGCGUCAUCGUCAACAUCCAAAAAGACAAACUCAACGGCAAUCGCCCCAAUCACAGAAGUAGCACCGAAUAUUUUAGUUUAUAAAAAGAUGGAAGCAAUUGUUGAAAAGAUGCAAGGCGAAAAUGGUGGUGUUUCGGUGCGAACAGUAAAAGCUUUUAUGAGUAAAGUUCCAUCAGUGUUCACGGGUGCUGAUCUCAUUUCGUGGAUACUUAAAAACUUAGAUGUUGAAGACGUUACAGACGCUAUACACUUGGCCCAUUUACUAUCAUCACACGGAUAUCUUUUCCCCAUCGACGAUCAUCAACUAACGGUUAAAAAUGAUGGCACAUUUUACAGAUUUCAAACGCCAUACUUUUGGCCAUCCAAUUGCUGGGAACCGGAGAAUACUGACUAUGCGGUGUAUUUGUGCAAGCGAACAAUGCAAAAUAAAACGCGAUUGGAGCUAGCCGACUAUGAAGCGGAAAAUUUGGCGCGUUUACAGAAAAUGUUCUCGCGCAAAUGGGAGUUUAUAUUUAUGCAAGCGGAGGCCCAAAGUAAAGUGGAUAAAAAACGUGACAAACUCGAACGCAAGGUGCUUGAUUCCCAAGAGCGGGCAUUUUGGGAUGUACAUAGACCGAUGCCUGGUUGUGUAAACACAACGGAAAUGGACAUCAAAAAAGCUUAUCGCCAUGGUGCAUCGAGCCAUGGCUCCGGUUCAGCUGGUGCUGCACUCAGCAAUAAUCCUAUAGAACAAAUCAAUAGACUGAUCGCAUUGCGCAAACAAAAACUCGAGCGUAGAACAAUAAAAGUUUCCAAAGCUGCCGAUUCCCUCGUAUCGUACUAUGAGCAAUACAGUGAGUUCGAUUACUUUUUAACUAGUCCAGAGCUACCAAAUCCAUGGCAAACGGAUAAUACCGAACUGUGGGAUUUAGAAAAAACAAGUAAGGAUGUGCCACUUCGACGAGUGAAACGAUGGGGCUUCGAUUUGCGAGAGCUUUUAAACGAUCCGAUUGGUCACGAACAAUUUACAAAAUUCUUAGAAAAAGAAUACAGCGGAGAAAAUCUAAAGUUCUGGGAAUCAGUGCAGAAGAUGAAAAAACUGCCACAAUCCGAAGUUCGUGAAGCGGUGAAUAAUAUUUGGAAAGAGUUUUUGGGGCCGGACGCACCGUGCCCCGUCAAUGUUGACUCGAAAUCAGUGGAAUUGGCGCGCGAGGCCGUUCAUGCACAAGGUGGACCGAAUCGAUGGUGUUUCGACGUAGCCGCAUCACAUGUAUACCAUUUAAUGAAAAGCGAUUCAUAUUCGCGUUAUCUUCGUUCCGAUAUGUAUAAAGAGUAUUUAAAUGGAUCCAAAAAGAAGGUAAAAUCAAUACCAAAUUUAUUUGGCGUUAAACGUUAAAUGUUUUUUUUAUAUGCAGACAUCUUAUAUGCAAAACAAAAGCAAAACCAAACAAAAAUUAUAUUUUAAAUGUAUAUUAUAAAUGUGCCGUAAACAAAUCAUUUUCGCGAAAGUGAAAUUUGUGUUUUUCAGUCAAAAUGAAGACAAACAAACAAAAACGUUAGACAAAAACACCUAAAAAAAAGAGAACAAAACACAAUAUGGAAAAACCAAUCAGAAAUUUUCAAAAAAAAGUUUGUUACAAUGCGAAAAAAAAUGAGAAGCAAUCCGAAAAAAAAAACAAAUAAACAAUUAGUAUUGAAAACUCAGAAUCGAUUUGAAUUGUUUCGAUUUUUGAAACGAAAGAAGAACAUAAAAUGUCCAUUCGCAAAAACUUAAUUUAAAAAAAUAAACAAAAAAAGAUUAUAAUAAAAGCAAUUGGUGAUAGAGAGCAUUUUCCGAAAUGAAUGAAAAAAGUUCGAAAAAUGUCUGAAAGUGCGACCGUGCGCUUUGAGGAAAAAUGUGAAAAUUGGCAGCAGUCAGCACGUACGAAUGCAGAGCAAUAUGCUAUUUUUUCGCAUUUUUUUCUCUCUCCCCCUCUCUCUCUCUCUCUCUCUGUCGUGUACGGUUUGCUUAGUCUCUGAAACUCUUCUUAACUGACGCGGUUUAUCAUUGAAAAGAAUGAAAACAUCAAAUUGAACAAAAAAACAGAUCAAAAUUAUCGAAAUAGUCCAACCAUAAAUUCAGAAAUCCAAUACAAUUGCAAAGCUUUAUUAUAAUCUCAAAACAUUGUUAAAAUUAGAAUUUCUUUUAUUUGCUGUGUAUUAUUAUUGACUGUAUAUCUGAGCCAGAUGUACUCAUUUCAAACACACACACACACACACACACGCACACACAUUUUCUAUUUGUUACUAUUUGAGAUGGAUUGGAAAUGAAAACCGAACCAAAUAUCAAGCGUUUGUGUAUCUUUAGAGAUCGAUCUGUGUUUUGUGUAGACUUAGACAAGUUUUCAACAAAAUAUUAGGAUGAAGAAAUCGACAACCAUACUCCUACUCUAUAAUUAUACGUAUCCACACCUCAUACUCAUGCUUACCUUUUU